CGGUAGCCAAGCCACUGAAAUCCAAAAAUCUGGUUUCGCUCACUCUAUUGCAGCGAACCAUAUAUCAACACCUUCUUUUGUUUUGGCUGAGAACUAUAUUACAAACUUGCGAGAUCAUAUAUCAAAUUCAAAACUAUCAACGAACUUUUUUUUUGCUUAUUAUGGAGGAGCAAUUGGGGCUACUAAAAGUUGUUGUUGUGCAAGGGAAAAGACUGGUCAUCCGGGAUUUCAAGAGUAGUGAUCCUUACGUUGUAGUCAAAUUAGGCAAUCAGACAGCAAAAACAAAGGUCAUAAAUAGUUGCCUUAAUCCAGUCUGGAAUGAAGAACUGACUUUCUCCCUCAAAGAACCUAAUGGAGUUUUGAAUUUGGAAGUGUUUGAUAAAGACCUCUUGAAGACAGAUGACAAAAUGGGACAUGCACAACUCAACCUUCAACCACUUGUCUCUGCUGCUAGACUCAGGCAGAUUCUGCAGAACUUCAAUGGCGAGACGGUGUUAAGGAAGGUUGUCCCAGAUAGUGACAACUGUUUGGUCAGAGAAAGCUCCAUCACUUGUGUCAAUGGUGAGGUGGUGCAGGGUGUUUGGUUAAGGCUGUGCGAUGUUGAAUCUGGGGAGAUCGAAUUGAAGAUCAAACUAGCUGAUCAUCCUCCUGUUGGUCAUGCUACCCCAAGAAAGAGUGGAAACUAAGGUUGGAGUAGUUGUAGAAUGUAGACUUGUUUCUAACAAUUGAAGAUUAAAAAAGAGUGGAAAUAUUGUAGUUUAGUUACCCUUGGAUAAAACCCUAUUUGAUAAUAGAAGGAGAUUUAAAUUUUGCUUA